UGAAGCAGAUUUAUAGUUUGAAAUGAUGUGCCGAGUUGUGUAGCGGUUGUGUCGGGUGUGAUGAUAACUGUGUUUCAUGUUGAAUUGUGUGUUUGGUUCAUGUUUGUGGUUAUUGAUCUGCUCGUGUCCUCAUUAACGCUCGGCAGUACCGCGGCGCGUUCACACACGCGCGCUCUGACCAUCGCGCCGGGAUGAGUGCGGAGGUUCCGGCGGGUCUGACCGACCUGUUGAUGGGUUUCACGCUCGAGGUUUUGAAGCAGAGACCUGAAGAUCUCCUUGAGUUCGCGGUUCGGUACUUCACGCGCCUGCGUGAACGGAGGAGCUCCGCGCGCGCCCUCGGGCGAUCUCCGGUGACCCGCGGCGACGCGUUUGACCGCGAUUCCACCGCCCCAGACUCGAGCGACGAAGAGGAGGAUGAAGAUGAUUUCCCAGAGGACUUCACCUUUAAACCGCCUCCGCCCAGUAAAUGUAACAGAAGAGUUUCAGUGUGUGCAGAAGCUUAUAAUCCAGAUAUUGACGAUGAUGAUGGGGGUGUGAAGUCAGUGGUUGUUCAUCACAAAACUGAGGAGCAGCACCGUCGACUUCAGGACGCCUGCAGAGAUAUUCUAAUCUUCAAAUCUCUCCAGAAGGAUCAGUUUAGUGAGGUGUUGGACAGCAUGUUUGAGGUGCUGGUCAAACCUCACGAGUGCAUCAUCAGUCAAGGAGAUGAUGGUGAUAACUUUUAUGUCAUCGAAAGGGGCGUGUUUGAUAUUGUGAUACAGAAGGAUGGAGUGAGUCGCUGUGUGGGUCAGUAUGAUAAUAAAGGCAGUUUUGGGGAACUCGCCCUCAUGUACAACACACCUCGAGCGGCCACCAUCAUGUCCACUCAGGACGGAGCGCUGUGGGCUUUGGACCGAGCCACGUUUCACACACUCAUCGUGAAAAUGAACGCCAAGAAGAGAAAGAUGUACGAGAGUUUCAUUGAGAGUGUGCCGCUCCUCACAUCACUGCAGUUAUCAGAGCGAAUGAAACUUGUUGAUGUUUUGGAGAUGAAAUCUUUCAAAAACAAUGACCAAAUCAUUAAACAGGGUGAUACAGCCGACUGCUUUUACAUCGUGGAGUCCGGUGAAGUUAAAAUUAUGAUAAAAAGCAAAACAGCAGCAGGUCGGUGGGUGAAUGAGGAGGUGGAGAUCGCCCGCUGCACUGCAGGACAAUAUUUCGGAGAGCUGGCGCUUGUCACAAAUAAACCCAGAGCUGCGUCUGUGUACGCAUCAGGAGAAACCAGAUGUUUAGUGAUUGAUGUGCAAGCGUUUGAGCGUCUGUUGGGUUCCUGUCAGGAGAUUUUGAAGAGAAACAUUUCUCACUAUGAACAACAGCUGGUGGCUCUCUUUGGAUCCAGUGAUGAUCUCAAACAUGAAUAAACCUGUAAAGCACUUACUACGAACAAACAUCACAAUUCACAACUAUAAUCAUCACAAGACUUAAAACAUGACAUGAGUGCAAUGUAAAAAAAAGAAAAGCAGAUUGGUUAACCACCAUUAGAAACAGAUAUUGUUGGUUAAGAAAUAAUGGUGGCAGAUGAAAGGGGAUGGGUGAUAUGACUAUAACUGAGAUCAAUUUUUGACACUACAUGGCCUGUGAAGGGCAUUCAGCAAACAAACCAUUGCGUUUAGAUUCAUGGAUCACAUUUAUUUGGCGUGCUUGGCCAUGGCUUACUAAAAUCAUAAAGCUGCUGUUCUGUUCUUAAAUGUGAUGACUUGAUUGGACAAAUCUUUAAAGGAGCAGUAUAGUAUCAUGAGAUUCAUGACCAAUUUGAGUUUGACAGUGAGUCUUAAAAACUGCAUAGGGGACAUUAAAAAAUGUCUGUUGUCCACUAAAGAAAAGAUCUUGAAAAUAACUUAAAUUAUUUGAUGUUUAAUACCAAAAAAACUAUUUUUUGGCGAUGUACAGUGUGAAUAUCUACAGUAACCCAACCUUCAGUCUUCAGGAGAAAUGCCUCCAUAGCGUCCAGUGACAUCAUCUGCUCAUGUGAAUCAUGAUCAUAAACCUUUACCAAAUCUUUUUCUGCUAAAAAUAGUCCAGAUAAAACAAUUACAACAGAAAUGCAUGAAAUGUGUCAAUAUUUUGUUUGAAUGUAGUGUGCAUUUGAAAAAUGUGCUGAAAAAGUGUUUUGCAGGUUGUGGAAAGCGGUGAAAACUGAUUCAGUUUGGCCUGCAGACUUCUGUUUUGCUGAAAGUAUUAAACAAUGCUUGUUAGUAGAUGAAAAAAAUGUAAUUUGCACUGAAGACUUAAGUUACCAAAUUGUAGUAAUGAGCCUUAUAUUUGCACGUCGUUUAACUUCCUGACACUUUAAUUAUAGUCCAUAUCUAGAUCUCAAACACAUCAAGAUUCUAGAUGGCUAAACAGAAUUCACAUUUAUGUUCCCCCGAAGCAUCUCGCCUCAUAGAUGUCCAUAAUAAGUGCAUUCCUAAACUUAGAGAACAGUUUUUACGUUUUUUAAAAGGAGGACAUGCCUUGAUCUAUUGUUUGUAAUACAAGAACCCAUAUGAACUCUUACCAAACGGAAAAGUGCUAAUCCCUCAGU